CCGGGUGUCAAUUUCGUGGCGGGAAUAAACGCUCGGAUGUUCCGGUAGAGCUCAGACUUAUGGCCUCUGCAAUGGAGCCGCCGGGGGCUGCGGCCGGGGUUGAGGACUGCGGAGCGGUGAGGGGUGUGCCACAGGCCGCGGAGGACAACGUGGAGGACCGCAUCCGCCUGCUGCUCAGGCUGAGGGCACAGACUAAACAACAACUCUUAGAAUACAAGUCGAUGAUUGAUGCAAAUGAAGAAAAAACUCCAGAACAGAUCAUGCAAGAAAAACAAAUGGAAUUUAAAAUUGAAGACCUGGAAAAUGAAAUUGAAGAUGUAAAAAGUAAUUUUGAAAUGAAAAAUCUUGCACUAAACAGGAUGAAACUUUCAGCUGCACUUAAAAAUAACAUGGAAAAGGUGGGCGUUGAGAGUAGUGUGCUCGCUGAUGACCUGAAGCACAUAUUAAAGCUGCAGAAGUUGAUAAUGAAGUCACAGGAGGAGUCUUCGGAAUUAGAGGCAAAGCUGCUUGAUGUUAGGAAGAAGAGACUUCAAUUAAAACAAACUUCAAGAAGCAAGCUUUUAGAAAUACAAACCGAGAAGAGCAAACAGAAGGAGGAUCUGGACAGUAUGGAAAAUUCGGAAAUAAUCAAGACCAUGCAAAAGAAGCUGCAGACGGAGAUAAAGAUUACCACAGUUAUUCAACAUGUGUUCCAGGGCCUUAUUUUGGGGAGUAAAAUCAACUGGGCAGAGGAUCCUGCCCUCAGGGAAAUCGUGUUGCAGCUGGAGAAGAAUCUCACCACCAUCUAAUAAGAAUCCUGCUUUGGCAUUUGAACAUUGUUUUUGUGCCCAGUCUGUCAUUUAAAUAGCGGAGUUCGUGGGAAAUGUAAGAAGUGGUUUUGGAACUGUUCUGAUGCUUCAGUUCUGAGGGCUUGAGUUGAUGAUAUGACAUGAAAUCUUUUAUUUUUAAUAUGAUCACUAAAGAAACUGGCAUACUCUGCAGGAGUCUGAACACUGUAGUCUUGGAAAGAAGGCAUCUGUCUGGUCCAACUAUCACAGAAUGUGACAUCUUCACAACCAUUUUCCCGGUAGUGCCUUUCAGGAUGUAUCUGUGCAUUGGUUUGUCAACCAGCACAUUAGAAAAGCAUCCACAGUGUAAAGGGUCGUUGAUUGUUUAAGUAAGGUUGUGGGUUGUGACUUUUUCUUUUUUUCCCCUUCUCUAUUUAGCAAGCAUUUUAUUUUUAUAAGUUAAUGAAUAAAAAGAAUCAGUGUUACUAUCUUAUUAAUUAAAAAAGAAAAUUUACAGUGGUUGAGAUCUCUGGCUGCUCUUGUUGCAGGGGACCGAGAUUCAGUUCCCAGCACCCACAUGGCUGCUCACAACCCUCUGCAAGAUGUCAGGGACUCUGACAUCAUCUUCUGGCCCCAGCCAGGUACCAGGCAUACAUGUGGAGCAUGUAUAUACAUGCAGGCAACACACACAUACAUAUAAAAAACAAAUCUUUAAAAGAAUUAAAACUGGACAUCUUAUAGA